AUGUCCAUUAUGACGGACUCUAAUUUGAGGACUCUCUUAGUUUGCGUCAUCGGUGGUGGUCAUGCGGGUUGUGAAGCGGCUGCAGGCGCAGCACGUACGGGGGCGCGUACUGUACUGCUAACCCAGAAGUUGGACAAUAUCGGAGAACUGUCAUGCAACCCAUCCAUGGGUGGUGUGGGCAAAGGCACCCUGAUGCGCGAGGUGGAUGCUCUGGAUGGAUUAUGCGGGCGCGUGGCAGACCAGGCUGGCAUACAAUUCCAAAUCCUGAAUCGCUCGAAGGGGGCCGCAGUAUGGGGUCCAAGAGCUCAGAUAGACAGGACAUUGUACAAGCAGCACAUGCAGGCAGCCCUGCACAACUACCCGAAUUUGGACAUUCGCUCAGCGAGUGUGUCUGACUUGGUCUUCGAUCAUGAUGGCAUUAACGCAUUCUCAGAUUCGGGGGAGGUCAUUAAGUGUUCCCAAGUCGUUAUAUGCACCGGGACGUUUCUCUCUGGAGAGAUACACAUUGGCAUGAAACGGUUUCCUGCUGGUCGAAUAAAUGAGGCUCCGUCAGUUGGUCUAUCAGGAUCUUUACGGUCGGCCGGCUUCCAACUCGGUCGUCUGCAGACAGGCACGCCAGCCCGACUGUACAAAGACAGCAUUGACUUCCGGAAUCUUGAACAACAACGGGGCGACAGCACACCGCAUCCUUUCAGCUUCAUGAACAGUAGUGUAUCCAACGCAGACAACCAGAUUUUGUGCUAUCUCACAUAUACAACGCCAGCAACACAUCAGAUGAUACGGGAUAACCUGCACCAGAGUGUUCAUAUACAGGAGACAAAGAAAGGGCCUCGAUAUUGUCCCUCUCUCGAAGCGAAGGUCAUCAGGUUUCCUCAGAAAGACCAGCAUCUUGUUUGGCUCGAACCAGAAGGCUAUGACUCUGAAUUGAUCUAUCCGAAUGGCCUCUCGUGCAGCAUGCCAGAAGAAGUGCAGCUGAUGAUGUAUCGUACGGUACCCGGGCUGGAGAAUGUCAAGCUGGCGCGGCCAGCAUAUGGCGUUGAAUACGACUACGUUGACCCACGGGAGCUAAAACCGACCUUAGAGACCAAGCGGAUCAAGGGUCUUUUCUUGGCUGGUCAAAUUAAUGGUACAACAGGAUACGAAGAGGCUGCAGCUCAAGGAGUUCUUGCGGGCAUCAAUGCCGGCAUGUCUGCCUUGCACUGUGCGCCACUUGUGCUGUCGAGGGCCGAUGGGUUCAUUGGUGAGCAGAGGAACCAUGCAAAUCGGAUGUUCACCUCUCGGUCUGAAUAUCGCAUGACCAUCAGGAGUGACAACGCUGACUUGCGUUUGACAGAGAAAGCGCGGAACGCGGGGGCUAUCACGGACGAACGAUGGAGGCAAUUCGAGGCAACGCGUGAAGAGCUCACACGCGUGACGGACUUGUUGAAGUCUCACGUACUCAGUCCGCAGGUAAGCAACAUAUCCAGUAAUGCAUAUGACAUGCUACGCCAUCGGAGCGUCACAAUCGAACAAUUGUUCCUUGCCAUACCUGAGCUCAAACUAGUGGACUCUCGUAUCCUCACACGUGUCGAGAUUGAGGGCAUCUAUCGUACGCAUCUGCGUCGCCAGGAAGCAGACCUUCGUGUCUUCCUUGAAGACGAGGGACUCACGCUCGAUCCUCAUCUUGACUACGAGAUUGUAGAAGGACUUAGCUCCGAAGUCAAAGAACGGCUAUACCGCGUGAGGCCCACGAGUAUCGGUGUGGCCAAGCGGAUGGAGGGCAUGACGCCCACUUCGAUCGUUUCACUGUUGAAGUUCGCCAAACGGACUCGAGGUCGCCCCACGACGUCUGAUAUAGCACAAGCUGCCUGA